AAGACCUAAAAUGAGGUAUAUUUCACUCCGUCUACCACUUGAGCUAUGGAUCAGGUGUCCCAGUGAGAUUGACUCAUCGGAAAUGACGUGUACCAAUGAGAAGCGACGGCACCGAAAUCUCCCGUGCCUUCAACACAGACGAUCCGCACUAGGUUUCUGUUAAAGAACUUCCCACGAAAGGCUUUCUCCAGAAAUCGGCGUCCACUCUGCACUCUCUUCCUCACAUCAGUUAUUCCACCAGAUGGCCGACUCAUCUCCUCUCCUCUCCCGGGUCAACUCGUCCGAGCCCGAAGCUCAUCCAGUGCUGCAUAAAGGUCCACCUACCCUCGAUGAUGCGAUCGAGCAGUGCGUUGGCAGCUUCGGCCCGGCCCAGCUAAUCCAAGCCGUCCUCGUGUCGUUCUCAUGGGUCUUCGACUGCCAACAGACGUUCAUCAACAUCUUCACUGAUGCACAGCCAUCGUGGCAUUGCACACGUGCAAAUGACAUGGAAUGCCUGUCGGCUGCCACUCCAUGCGAGCUACCAAAGCAUGCAUGGGCUUGGGACCAGCCUGCAAGCACAUCGAUUAUCUCUCAGUGGGACCUGAUGUGCUCGAAUCCACUCAUCUCUGGGCUCCCAGCAUCUUCCUUCUUUGCAGGCUGCCUUGCCGGCGGUUUCCUUCUUUCGACACUCGCUGACUCAUCACUCGGCCGCAAGAAAAUGCUCCUUCUCUCGUGUCUCACCAUUUCAGUCACUGGUGCACUGACCGUGGCCUCACCCAACUUGUGGGCCUACUCGGCCUUGCGGUUCAUCAGCGGCUGUGGCCGCGCGACGAUUAGCACGUGCGCACUCGUGCUGUCGACUGAGAUUGUUGGGAAGCAGUGGCGGGGUGAGGUGGGCAUCUUCGGAUUCUUUUGUUCCAUGCUCGGAUUCUUAUCCUUACCUGCCAUGGCCUACCUAGCUAGUGGAACCUCAUGGUGGACCCUCUAUCUGUGUACGUCGGUCCCCGUGAUCUUUUACUGCAUAGCCGUCCAUUUCCUUGUACAUGAGUCCCCACGAUGGCUCUUCGUGCGUGGACGCAAGGACGAAGCUAUCCAAACCCUUCGAAGCAUCGCUUUAUCAAACGGCAAGAUAUUGCUUUCCAGCUUCUCUGAAGUGGCUGUCGAAGAGGAGUCGUGGAAUGUUGACAUAUACUCGGCGAUGAAGAUCUUGUGGGAGAAGAAGUGGGCAUUUCGGCGGUUAUUGAUGGUUAUGGUGGUUGGUUUCGGAGUAGGCAUGGUCUACUACGGGAUGCCGCUUGGCCUUGGCAACUUGAAUUUCAACCUCUAUCUGAGUGUCACGUUCAAUGCAUUAUCGGAACUUCCGUCAGCCUUACUGGCCUUCUUCCUGAUAGGGAGGAUGAAUCGCCGGAGUGCGGUCCUGGUAUUCACUAUCCUAAGCGGGUUGUGCAGUGUCCUGAUUUGCAUGGUGAUAGAUGGCGGCGAUAUGAAGGAGGUGCAGAUGGGGCUGGAGCUGGUGUCGUUCUUCAGCGCUUGCACUGCAUUCAACAGAGUUUUGAUAUAUACCCUUGAAUUGUUCCCAACAAGCGUACGGAGCUCAGCGCUGUCGAUGGUGCGGCAGACUAUUGCGAUCAGCGGCGUGAUUAGCCCCUUGCUGGUGGUGGCUGGUAGGAAUCAAGGGUCGUUGUCAUUUGGGGUGUUUGGGGUGGUGAUUGGAGGGGGUGGAUUGUUUGUGAUGGGUUUGCCAGAGACAAGAGGUGGGCCAUCUUGUGAUACAAUGGAGGAAGAAGAGAAGAAGGAGAUUCUGAAUUUUAGUGGAGAUCAUGAAUGAAUAUGGGAGCUUCUUGUUUUGUCUCCUGGUGAGCUUUCCUAAGCUCACGUGCGUCUGCAAUAAAACUCAUGUAC